AUGCCCGUAUGGAAGGCUGAUGCCACGGCGUCUAAAUGUUAUCUUUGCAAAGCAAGAUUCACGCUUUUCAACCGCCGCCACCACUGCCGCAAAUGUGGCCAGCUAGUGUGUGCCACGUGCUCUUCAAAACAGGUGCGCUAUUUCGCCAACUCGUAUGUUUUGAACUCGCAAAACACCCCGGAGAAGGCCCGAAGCCAUGUAUACUAUCGCACGUGUGACGUUUGUGUGGACGAAAUCCACAUGAUGCGCAGCGCCCUUUCGCCUGUUCCGGCCACAGAAACAGCCUCCGUGCUGCAGGGCCACAGAGACGAGCCCCCGGCGGCUGUAGGCCCGUCGGCGGAUGUGCACAUGAUCCCAGGGGCCACAAGUGCGGCCAAUCCGCUCAAAACAGCGCCAAAUCGGGCGCAACACGCAUCCUCGGACCCGCCGGAAUUUACUGGUUCUAAUGAGCCCCAUGACGCCGAUAGCGACGCGGACUUGUGCCCUGUUUGCGGCGUGGAUCUAGGGAAGCAGUUCUUGGAAGAGUCUCUGGGCGGACCCUUGGCGUCUUCAGCCGCAUACGAAACAUACAAGGAGGCACACGUGAGCCGGUGCUUGGUCACGUACGAUUUUGCCAGCAACCACUUGCGUUUGUCGUCGCCGCCGGACGGUCUGCAUGCACGCAACCGGAUGCUCGUAUACAACAUGCCUCCGAUCCCGGAACCGAGCUACGAAACCAUAUCGGACGGCUCUCCCAAUGCGGGGGCCGUGGCUGCAAAAACAGACGGCGAGAUUCCCGGGCUGGUGCGGUCCACGGCGACGUUUUCAGGCACGGAAAAGGACGACAUGGAUGCGGAAUGUGUGAUAUGCCUCGAGGACUUGUGCCCGGGAGACAAGGUGGGGCGGCUCGAGUGCCUUUGUGUUUUCCACUACAAGUGCAUCAAGGACUGGUUCAACAAGAAGAGCUACGCCGAGUGCCCCGUGCACUAUCUCCACAGCUGA